GAGGAGCAGGAAAACCCAGGAAGGGGAGGGGAGGGGAGGGGUAAGGAGUAAAGGGGAGGAGGCCGUGCGGGGUGGGGCCCAGCAGUACGCGCUGGCUGCGUCGACGUGCUGACGCCAUGACGCCCCGGCCGGUGUGUGUCGAUGUAUGUGUGUGUGUGUGAGUGUGCGCGCUCCGAGUGUGUGUGUGUAUUUGUGUAUCGGCGGUCCCGCAGGUCCCGGAUGUUGCGGACAGUAUGAGGCGAGCGCAGGGGGACGGGGACCAGCAGCUGUCGCCGCCGCUCUCAGGCUCUGGGAAGUACCCUUCUCCUUUCUGUCUCUAGGAGUUUGACUACUAUGGAAGCCUCACUCUGUCGCCCAGGCUGGAGUGCAAUGGUGCCGUCUUGGCUCACUACAUCCUCCGCCUACCAAGUUCAAGCGAUUCUCCUGCCUCAGCCUCCCAAGUAGCUGGGAUUACAGAGAUUUCCUGUUAGACAAGACAAAUUAGAGUUUUUCUACUGACUUAACUUGGCACCGUCUCACUCUGUUGCCCAGGUUAGAGUGCAGUGGCACAAUCUUGACUGACUGCAACCUCUGCGUCCCAAGUAUAAGCAAUUCUCCUGCCUCAGCCUCCUAGGGUGAAGAGAGAACAGAAAUCUUUGUCCCCUGACAUUGGAAAUCUUGUUUAACCUUCAAACUGGCGAUGUCAAGGGUCCCAAGUCCUCCACCUCCGGCAGAAAUGUCGAGUGGCCCUGUAGCUGAGAGUUGGUGCUACACACAGAUCAAGGUAGUGAAAUUCUCCUACAUGUGGACCAUCAAUAACUUUAGUUUUUGCCGUGAGGAAAUGGGUGAAGUCAUUAAAAGUUCUACCUUUUCAUCAGGAGCUAAUGAUAAACUGAAAUGGUGUUUGCGAGUAAACCCCAAAGGGCUAGACGAAGAAAGCAAAGAUUACCUGUCACUUUACCUGUUACUGGUCAGCUGUCCAAAGAGUGAAGUUCGGGCAAAAUUUAAAUUCUCCAUCCUGAAUGCCAAGGGAGAAGAAACCAAAGCUAUGGAGAGUCAACGGGCAUAUAGGUUUGUGCAAGGCAAAGACUGGGGAUUCAAGAAAUUCAUCCGUAGAGAUUUUCUUUUGGAUGAGGCCAACGGGCUUCUCCCUGAUGACAAGCUUACCCUCUUCUGUGAGGUGAGUGUUGUGCAAGAUUCUGUCAACAUUUCAGGCCAGAACACCAUGAAUAUGGUAAAGGUUCCCGAGUGCCGCUUGGCAGACGAGUUAGGAGGACUGUGGGAGAAUUCCCGGUUCACAGACUGCUGCUUGUGUGUUGCUGGCCAGGAAUUCCAGGCUCACAAAGCUAUCUUAGCAGCUCGUUCUCCGGUUUUUAGUGCCAUGUUUGAACAUGAAAUGGAAGAGAGCAAAAAGAAUCGGGUUGAAAUCAAUGAUGUGGAGCCUGAAGUUUUUAAGGAAAUGAUGUGCUUCAUUUACACGGGGAAGGCUCCAAACCUUGACAAAAUGGCUGAUGAUUUGCUGGCAGCUGCUGACAAGUAUGCCCUGGAGCGUUUAAAGGUCAUGUGUGAGGAUGCCCUCUGCAGUAACCUGUCCGUGGAGAAUGCUGCAGAAAUUCUCAUCCUGGCUGACCUCCACAGCGCAGAUCAGUUGAAAACUCAGGCAGUGGAUUUCAUCAACUAUCAUGCUUCGGAUGUCUUGGAGACCUCUGGGUGGAAGUCAAUGGUGGUGUCACAUCCCCACUUGGUGGCUGAGGCAUACCGCUCUCUGGCUUCAGCACAGUGCCCUUUUCUGGGACCCCCACGCAAACGCCUGAAGCAAUCCUAAGAUCCUGCCUGUUGUAAGACUCCGUUUAUUUUCCAGAAGCAGCAGCCACUGUUGCUGCCACUGACCACCAGGUAGACAGCGCAAUCUGUGGAGCUUUUACUCUGUUGUGAGGGGAAGAGACUGCAUUGUGGCCCCAGACUUUUAAAACAGCACUAAAUAACUUGGGGGAAAUGGGGGGAGGGAAGGGCCCAGGACUCGGGGGCUGUUCAACCUAAUGAAAACCCUGUUGCUGCCUCACUGUGUUAUCUAUGGCCUGGCCGAGUUUGAUACUGUGGGGAUUCAGUUUAGGCGCUGGCCCGAGGACAUCCCAGUGGUGGUACUUUGGAGCAAUCUGUCUGCAUCUGACUGAGCAGAACAAAUCGUCAGGUGCCUGGAGCAAAAAGGAAAAAAAAAGAAAGGACGUUGAGUUUUAACAGAAGGGAAAAGGAAAGAAGAAAAGAUUUUUGCAGAAUUUAUCAAAAAUCAGUUGGUGGAUUCCAGUAGUAUUUAUACUGAGAGAAACAAAUUUUAGUCCUCCCAGCUGUGCUAAAGCUUGGAUAUUUGUGAAAACUCCUCACCACCAUACAAGUACCAGAACAGCUCUCUUGUUGUUAGCACUUACUGUUUGCAAGAGCAGAAUACAUCCUUUCAUGCUUUUAUGAAAAAUGACAAGUGAAGGCGAAAGGGGAAGGUUAUUUGAUCUGGAAGAUGAGUGUUCUGAUGUGGUGGCUUUUGCAAAAAUCCAUUGGUGUUGAAAACUGGAAAAAAUAAUUCAUCCAGAAUUCAUGCUGUGUUGACAAGAACUAUGGUUAUCUGUUUUUAGAUAUUGUGGAAAAUGUUUUUUGGUAUUUUUCUCCGAUUUUAUUUCUUCUCCCCCGUCCCUUUUUCUAAAAAACAAAAACAAAAAACACAAAAACAGAAUGAAAGAAGAGAGAAGGAAAUUUUAUUAAUUAAAAAUGCUGUGUGAUAAAAUCCCAGCCCAGAUUGCUCAGCUGUUUGUACCUGACUUGCCGCCUGCAUAGGAGCCAGUUCUGUUCCUUCUGACUAGCCCCUCUUCCUCCAGGGGAAAACUUCCAAAUGUUAAUUUUUUUCUUUUUGAAAAUAUAAAUAAUUACUAUUUUGUA